UCUCAUUGGUCCGUGCAGUCGGGACCGGCGGCUCUUCUCUUAGUGUUCAAGGCGCAGAUCCACUUUUCUCCCUCCAAACGCUCCCUUUCUUCUCAAGUGCCCGAAGCCACCACCCCGAAAGGAUCCGGACCGAGCUAGGCCGGGUAACUGCACUGAGGCGCCAUGACGACUCUGGACGAUAAGUUGCUGGGGGAGAAGCUGCAGUACUACUACAGCAGCAGUGAGGACGAGGACAGCGACCACGAGGACAAGGACGAAGGCAGGAGUGCCCUGGCCGGCAGUUCAAAUUCUGCAGAUGCUGAGUUGGCAGGCGAAGGCAUCUCAGUUAACACAGGUCCAAAGGGGGUGAUCAAUGACUGGCGCCGCUUCAAACAGUUGGAGACAGAGCAAAGGGAGGAGCAGUGUCGGGAGAUGGAAAGGCUGAUCAAGAAACUCGCAAUGACCUGCAGGUCCCACCUGGACGAAGAGGAGGAGCAACAGAAACAGAAGGACCUCCAGGAGAAGAUCAGUGGGAAGAUGACUCUGAAGGAGUUGGCCAUGAUGAAUGAGGACCAAGACGAUGAAGAGUUUCUGCAGCAGUACCGGAAGCAGAGGAUGGAAGAGAUGCGGCAGCAGCUUCACAAGGGGCCCCAGUUCAGGCAGGUGUUUGAGAUCCCCAGUGGAGAAGGGUUUCUGGACAUGAUUGAUAAAGAACAGAAAAGCACCCUCAUCAUGGUCCACAUCUACGAGGACGGCAUCCCGGGGACCGACGCCAUGCACGGUUGCAUGCUCUGUCUUGCCGCCGAGUACCCGGCUGUCAAGUUCUGCCGGGUGAAGAGCUCGGUUAUCGGGGCCAGCAGUCGGUUCACCAGGAACGCCCUGCCUGCCCUGCUGAUUUACAAGGGGGGCGAACUGAUUGGGAAUUUCGUUCGAGUCACAGACCAGCUGGGCGAAGAUUUCUUUGCUGUGGACCUCGAGGCUUUCCUACAGGAAUUUGGAUUGCUCCCAGACAAGGAAGUCUUGGUGCUGACCUCUGUGCGUAACUCCGCCACGUGUCACAGUGAGGACAGCGACUUGGAGAUAGACUGAACUGAUAAUCCAGCGGCCUGGAUCUCUCAUUGUUUGGGCUGGAAGACAUGUCUCUUGUUUGUUUUUAUUCCUUCCUGUGUCUCCGGGCUUUGCAGCAGUUCUUUGUAGUCCCUUUUAUUAUACGGAAAGUCAAGAAAUUGUUACAUUAAAUCAGAAUGCUGAAUCACCUUGUGGGUGGCAGUAAAGUGACUUGCAGUUGUAUAAACAGGAAGCCAGGCUUUUGAACGGUUUCUUCAGAUCCUCCAGCAUGACAUCCUCGUGGUUUCCAGUCAAUAUUUACAUCGUGUCCUGAAGAGAGUGCCUGGAAGUUGUCUGAAGAUGAUCUCGGAGGCCCCUGCCAAGUCCAGGAGCACAAUUCUCUAGUUAGCGUGUUGUUUGCAACAUAAAUAGUGCAUUUCCUUCAUCAAAUGACUGUAAGUUUAUUUCAUUGUAAUCAGAUCCAGAGUCCAAGAAGCCAGUUAAAUUUUUGCCCCCAGACCCUGUUCUCCGUAGGGGUCUCUUUUUAAGGUUCCAGACGAUGUGUGUUUGCCCAUCAAGAGGGGCAAGAGGGGUGGUUUCUGCUGCAGGAGCCCAUGUGCCCCUCAAGCAUUAAGUCCAGAGUGGAAGGAAGGACACACACCGAGCACCCGUUGGUGCUGGGAGACUGGUUACCCAUGAGGGCCAGGGAGGGGGUGGCGCGCUGCAAAGCCUUUUUAAAGGAGGAUCUUUCAGUAACAUGCUCCUGCUCAAUCCUCCUGUCUUUUAUUUAACACAUAAUUUUUGUGUGUGUUUGAUGUGGAUUUUUAAAAAAACUUUCCUUCCAAGAUGUUUUCUGUGUUGAUAUAGACGUUUUGUUGUUAAACGGUAGGAUCAUUCCGAACGGACUGUUUAUGGUGUGGUCAGCCAAUGUAGCAGACUUUUUCCACGUUAUAAAUACUCUUCUGCAACAUUUUUAAGUGGCUGUGUGGGAUGUGCUGUAAUUUGCUCGUCAGUUGUCUCCUAAAAAGAAAAAAAAGCACAGACUUUUUUUUAAUUACAAAAGUAAUAGAUAAUAGAUGUAGAAAGUAUUUUAAAAAUUAAGUGAAAAAGAGAUUUUAAAAGCCUUAUAAUUCUACCAACCAAAAAUAAUCUGUUAUCAUUUUUACAAGUCUUUCCAGUCUUCUUUCUGUGUAUGUACAAUAAUGACGGUCACUUACGUUUUUUCUUUUUUUAACCGAGGGUUAGGGAAAAUGUAACCUGGAAUUAAAUAUUAGCUACAAAAUUUAGUUUUGCUUUUCCUGGCUGUUUAGGAAUUGACUAACUUACAUGGUGGGUCUUGAAAAUACUUGUUACAUCAGCAAAAAGAAAGGGCUUGGUUUUUCAGACUAUGAAAGCUCAUUGUAAAAGUGUGGAAAGCACAGAAAAUUAUGAAAAUCAGAGGCAACUGUUGUCAAUAUUCUAGUUUAUUUCCUUUUUCAUUGUUUUUAAUAGCAUUGAGAACUUACUGAAUUUAGGUAUGUGUUAUGUUUUAUUUAAUAUUAUAAAUUCUUUGACAUGUUAUAUAAAUUCAAAAUAAAUGAUUUUUAAUGGCUUCAUAAUA